UGAAAUACUGGAAAUUCUGAUUUCCAUAUCCACUUUACACCACAAAAAUUUCAACUAAAGUCAGAUUUGAUUUUGGCAUACUUACUAAGCAAGCAGAGCUUAAGAAAAAACACUCAGAAAUUGUCAUCAAACUUCGACCGAAAAUUUUCGUAGCAAAUGCAAAAGAAGAAUAUCCCAUUUUCAACUCUGUACAGAAACUCACACGUCGAUAUCUGCGGAAACUUUUCCUACUCUUAACACAUUUUAGCCUCUCCGCACUAACCUCACUGGAUAGCAGCUAAUCAUCAAGCACUCGCGUACAAUGUUUCACAACUCCAUACAGGAGUCGAGACUAAACAAUGCGUAUAGAAAUAAAACGAUAUCCGCAACAACGACAACAACAAUUACAUCAACACCACGCACACAUGGCAGCAAUGCAAGCGGCGAUCGAAAUGCCUGUCAAACAAUCGAUAUACGCAAGUUGGCAGCAACAGCGGCACAAUUAGAAGCGGCCAGUAAUGGGCAGCGCAACGAAGCAGCAGCAGCAGCAGCAGCGGAAUCGACGUCUCGGGGAGCGUCGAAUGCAAAUACAACAAAUAAUUACAUCAACAGAAGUGGCAGCAACAGCAGUGGCGGCUAUGCAGCAGCAACACGAUCAAGGUUGAAAACAGCAGCGCAAACAGCAACAACUACUAGAGCAACAACAGCUGAAACUGUAACAAUAAUACCAAAUAAUCUAGCAACAAUAACAAGCACAGCAAACGACACAAGAAUGGCAUCAGCGGCGGCAGCGGCAUCGGCAAUGCGUCACCGAAUGGCGGCGGCGGAUAAUGGCUUGGGUGGUAGCAGCAGCAAUGCCGGUGGCGCGGUUGUGCUCAAUAUCGGCAAUGCAGGCUACCAGCAGGAUGCACUGCAGCGUCAUGGUAGCGCGCACAGCAAUAGCAGUGCCACCGGUGGUGGUCAGCAUCGCACAGCACGUGGCAGUGGGAGCGGGCGCAGUCGGAAUAAGCAAAGAAAACCAAGUUCCUCAAGUGCCAAGGGUGCUGUUGGCGACAGCACAACAAAAACUACAGCAAACUCAAAACCCAUAACAUCAACAAGCAGUAAAAAUCCUACCAGCAAUAAGUCAAGCGCGCCGCCAUCAACAGAAGUAAUCACAGCGGACAGGACGGUUCAGCGCUCGAGCAGCAAACGCAGCGCUGACAAGCCAGCCAGCAGUCAGCAACAGCAAAGCAGUGGUGCGACGACGUCGCAAAGCCGUUCACCGCAACCAAGUCGCCACACACGCCAAUCGCAGUCGUCCUCGUCACGCGAACGUUCACGCUCACGUUCGCGUUCACAACAGCGCAGCGAUGAAGAGCGCGUCCCGCGCAACGAAGUUCGAGACGAUGCAGCAGUGAAUAGCGCUCGACAGCGACGUCGUCACGGUGGUAGUCGCAAUUCGUUGGCAAGCGUGGAGCAAGGCCUUACCGGGGAUUCGGCUAAAAGGCGACGCCGUGAUGUUGAAGAAGAAGGGGACUCCUAUACCUCUUCGUCCGGGUCGAGUUGUAAUGGCUCGUGCAGUUCAGAUGAUGGCGAUUCGAAUAGUUCGACGUCGAGUGGUGAACCGAAUUUGCCGUAUCCAGGAUUUCCGGAAUUCUCUUUCAGGUUUCUCACGCAGAACUGGGUGUUGCGCAACUGGUGCUUGCGGCUCAUCACAAAUCCAUGGUUCGAGCGCAUCUCCAUACUGGUGAUUCUCUUCAACUGCGUGACAUUGGGCAUGUAUCAGCCAUGCGAAGACAAAAAGUGCUUGAAACCACGUUGCCAGGUAUUGCAGAUCUUUGAUGACAUGAUUUUGGUUUUCUUCACAAUCGAGAUGCUUAUCAAGGCGAUAGCGAUGGGCUUGUAUGGCAAAAACACCUACAUGGCAGACUCUUGGAAUCGACUCGAUUUCUUUAUAGUUGUUGCUGGAAUAGUGGAGUCUGUUACGAAUGUGGAUAAUUUAAAUUUCACUGCAAUACGAACGAUAAGAGUUUUGCGACCAUUGCGAGCGAUUAAUCGCAUACCAAGUAUGCGCAUUUUGGUCAUGUUGCUGCUGGACACGCUGCCUAUGCUCGGCAAUGUGCUGCUGCUUUGCUUUUUUGUCUUCUUCAUAUUCGGCAUUAUCGGCGUCCAACUGUGGCAGGGCAUAUUGCGACAGCGUUGCUGGUUAGACGGUUUACCUAUUGACAAAUAUCCUGUCUCCAACUACUACGAAUUCUCCAAGGAGCAGGACUACAUUUGCUCGAAGCCUGGCGACUCCGGCAUGCAUUUAUGUACGGAUUUUCCACCCUAUAAAGUUGGCGACAUGAUUUGUACGAGGCUGGCAUCUGCCAACUAUGAGGACAAUCUACCGACAAAUGAGUCCUGCGUCAAUUGGAAUCAAUAUUAUACGGACUGCAGGGAGACCGCUCAUAAUCCAUUUCAAGGGACAAUAUCGUUUGAUAAUAUUGGAAUGGCGUGGGUGGCGAUAUUCUUGGUUAUAUCACUCGAGGGCUGGACCGACAUUAUGUACUACGUACAGGAUGCGCACAGCUUCUGGGAUUGGAUAUAUUUCGUGCUAUUAAUUGUGAUUGGUUCCUUCUUCAUGAUUAAUCUCUGCCUCGUCGUUAUCGCCACCCAGUUUUCCGAGACGAAAAAACGCGAAAUGGAACGUAUGCGACAGGAGCGCGCACGCUACACUUCCACCUCUACGCUGGCAUCCAGCACCAACAACUCAGAGCCGGCCACCUGCUAUGCAGAGAUUGUCAAAUAUAUAGCGCAUCUGUGGCGGCGUUUCAAGCGGCGCAUGUUAAAGAAAUACCAGCAACAGCAACGCAAAGAAGGUCUCCUACCCAACGCCGACAAUUUGACAUUCUCGCCAUCGCGCAUCAAAUGCCAUCACCCGAAGUGUCCCAAAUAUGGAAAUCGGAAGCCGUCGAGUAUACAGGAUCAAAUGAUCACCGUUAUGGUGCCAUUAAAUUCGAAUAAUAAUAAUGUGAACAACAGCAGCAACAACAAUAACAAUGGCGGUGGUAUGAAUGGUGGGCGCAAUCAACAAGCGGUAACAACAGCACCAACAACUACUUCAAUAUUGGUGCCAACGUCCCAAAACACGACAACAGCCGCAGCACUCACUUUACCCAUUAGCGCCACAACAACAACAAUAGCAAGCACAAUACUAACAAAUGGUGGUCAGUCAACCAACACUGGCUUGCCCAACAAUAUCAAUAGCAACAAUGUGAGCGUUGUCGGCCAACAGCAGCAACAACAACAACAGCAGCAACACUCCUCUUCAGAGAAUUCUGUGCAAUCAUUGGAGCAUACAACGCGUAAUUCAAAUUUGAAAAAAUCGGCAAAUCAUUUGACACCGGAUGCGGCAAAACAACAGACCCAGACACAGGGACAGGGUCAGCAAUCGGGUCAACAGAAGACAAUUUUGCUGAAAUUCCCCUCGAAUGUUGAUUCGGAGCAAUUGAUUAGUAAUCCCUGCACCUCGGGCUUCCUCAGUCCGCCCACAUCGGCUAGCCGCCGUCCGUCGGUGAUGUUCAACGAAUAUGUGCUGCUCCAUACACCACCCGCAAUUAGUGAAGCGCUAACGGUGGCCGGCACAACAACAACAGCAAAUGUGGCGGAGAAGGGCGCUGUAUGUUCGUCGGAGAAAAUGACGCAGGCCGGUGAUGGCAGCAUUUGGCAGGUCAAUCUCCCCCAAACGAUCAACAGUGGCGGCAGCACAAUCACCAAUCCCUACGCCGAUUGCUCCGAACUCGGUAUACACGACGCGAUGACAUGUCAAGAGCUUUUAGCAUUUUCUGUGGCCUUUUCAGCGGCCCUGCCCACCGGUCAAAGUACACUGGAAUCGUUUUACACUUCGUUGGCGCGUUGCGAUCCGCACACCGCCGAAGCGUUGAAAAAUCAGCACAAUCGCCAACAGACACAGCUAAUGAAACAACAGCAACCGAACUCGUUGGUUAUCAGCGAACGACAGUGUAAACGAUUGGAUAACAACACCACCGCCUUGGCGGUUACUAGCAGUGCGGGCAACAAUACCGCCACUACAACUACGGGUCACUAUAUCGAAGACUAUUCAUGCUGCUAUGAUUUAUACCAGAAUGCUUUGUCCCCGCUCGGCGAGAAGAAGCAACGCUCGAAAGCGAUGAAAAUUCUGAUACGGAUUUAUCGGUGCGUAAUGCGUGUUUGCGGUGUGAUGCGACGUUACAUAAAGUUGCUAGUGGAGCAUAAAUACUUUCAGCAAGGCAUACUGUUGGCCAUUCUCAUCAAUACACUCUCCAUGGGUAUCGAAUAUCACGAUCAGCCCGAGGAAUUGACAGCUAUUGUGGAGAAGAGUAAUGUUGUCUUCUCGGCGAUAUUCGCUGUGGAGAUGCUGUUGAAAGUGAUUGCCGAAGGACCGUUUCGUUAUAUUGCGAAUGGAUUCAAUGUCUUCGAUGGCAUCAUCGUAAUACUAAGCGUCAUUGAAAUUUGUCAACAAUUUCGAAAUGGUAAUGGUGGCGGAGGUGGUGGUUCGGGACUCUCGGUAUUGCGCACAUUCCGCCUCUUACGCAUACUCAAACUGGUACGAUUCAUGCCCAAUCUGCGACGGCAACUAUUCGUGAUGUUGCGCACUAUGGACAAUGUGGCUGUGUUCUUUUCGCUGCUCGUUCUAUUCAUAUUCAUAUUCAGCAUAUUGGGCAUGUAUCUAUUUGGCGGUAAGUUUUGUAAAUUUGUGGACGAUACCGGACUCGAACGUGAAUGUACGUGUGACGAAAUAAUCAGGAAAGAACCUAAAUGUGAAUGUGAUCGCAAACACUUCAACAACAUUUUAUGGGCCACUGUUACAGUCUUUCAAAUUCUAACGCAGGAGGAUUGGAAUGUCGUACUAUUCAAUGGCAUGGAAAAGACAAGUCAUUGGGCUGCAUUAUAUUUUGUGGCGCUGAUGACAUUCGGCAAUUAUGUGCUAUUUAAUUUGUUGGUCGCCAUUUUAGUUGAGGGAUUCAGUUCAGAGCGAAAUGAACGUCGCGAACGUGAGCAACGUGAAUUGGUGAAAAAGCUACGCGAAGAGACAUUGGCCGAGAAUUUCAGUGAUGCUAUGUACGAUGAAUCGCGCAGCAGUGAAGCGGAUUCAUCAUCGACAAACGAAAGUUACUAUGAGGUACGAAAUCGUUGGCAUAGCGCCGAGGAUGUACGGAAACUACAAGACUCAACUGAGCUAAUUAUGGAAACGAAGAGUAAUAUGCAAAAGCAACAACAUCAACGUAUGUUAUUGCAGCCCACGCAAGACUAUCAGAUCAAUGAGAGUUAUUUGGGUGGUGUUGGUGUUGGUGGUGGCAGCAGUGGUUCGGGUAGCGGCAGUGGGCGUAAAUCCAGCGAUAAGGAUGCUGUAAGCAAAUUGUCAAUGGAAGAUGAUAAGAAUAAGAAUUUAAAAAAGACAUAUUCUAUAAGAGAGCGCCGCGGUGAUGGGUCACGCCUGCCACGUAUACGCCCAUUGCGCGAACCGCCCAUUAUUACUACAACCGCCGCAACGCCUCAAGAUUCGCCCAAUACCACACUCGAGGGCGGUAUGAGCUUUCGCGGUUGGAAUACCCAAGAUUUGGAAGCGAACGACGGUGGGGCUGGCAGCCAGUGCCCGGGUUCGCCGUCACUUCUCAGACCACCGACUAUCAUAAGCGGCCAACGUUCACUCGACGAAGGCAUUCCGUCGAUUGAUCUCAUACCACCAUCACCUGUACUAACGCACAAGCCAUUGAAUAUACUGAAUGCCAGCCAACUACGAGGAAGCAAUACUAACCUAAGCAGCUGUAAUUUAGUAUCUAACAAUAGUAGUUUACUCCCUAGUGCCCUAAGUAGCAAUAGUAGUGUGCAUAGUGUUGUCAUAGAUGAUAUUUCGAAGAAUUCCGAUGCUAGCGCCUCGGGACCGAUAUUUGUGCCAACAACGAUCUCGACAGUGUCCACAGUCAGCACAUCAUUACCAGCCGGUGCAAGUGCUGCUGGUAGUAGCGUUAUUGUCAAUGGUUGUGCUGGCGGCGGCAGCGCCGUAAGUAGCAUAGAACUAUCGCCACUUGCCGCCGCCGUUGUCGUCACCACAGGUGCUAUGUCGCUGACACCUACAGCGACCACCACAGCAGUAGCAGCAUCAACAGCAGGAACGGCAGUCCCACCCUCAACCCCCUUACUAGCCAGCAGCAAUGAAGCGACGCCGACACUGCCGCCUACAAACGCCUCAACGACAACAACAAUCAGCCCUUCGCUAACCGGCAUGCAGCGCAUACCCAGCCUAAAGCGUUUCCGACGCAGCAGUUCGAAACGAAAGAAGAAGUCUGCCGAUGCCGGCAGUGGCGCCGAAGAUGACGAACAGCAGCAGCUAAACAAUGGCAGCGACAAUUCAUAUCUGCUGGCGCCGCAUAGCAAUGGUGCUUCUAUACGCUCCGACUCAUUUCUGAGUCCGGCGCGAACGCCUACAACAAGCGCCGCACUAACAGCUAACAAUCAGACUAGUCAACACAAGACGAAAGACACAAACCGUCUUAGUCCGCAAAACUCGAUACGUCGUCUCUCCACAACACUCAGCAUUGGCAGUAUACCGCCGUUGGGUAGCCGUCGUGCCUCCGCUUGUAUCUUCAACUCACAGCUGUAUCAAAAUCUUAAUCAGCCGCCCAAAUUGUAUGCACCCUCAGCUGCCCAACGACGCAUGUCUUCAUUCGAGUUGGCCUUCAGCAAAAGUUCCCAACUCAAUUUGCAUAAUUUGGAGGCGAAUAGAAAAUCAAUGUCAUACACGAACUCCAAACUUGAUUUGGACAAAUGGCAGAGAUCGUAUAUGAAUCUUCAAGAACCAGAUAUGUUACAACAAUACAUACAGGAGCGUGAGAAGCGCAAGAGUUCCAUUAGUCAUUACACGCGACAACAGCAACUGCAACAAAAGCAACAAAAGCAACAAGAGCUCGAGAUACCGCAGCAGUCGAUGACGGAACAACAAUCGAUGACACAGAGCUCUGGGCGUAUGACAAAGUUGAAAAUACUCAUCGAACGACUGAAACCGACACACCUCACCGAGAAGAGGGAGACAUACUCGCUAUACAUAUUAGCGGAAGAGAAUAGGUUCCGUGAAAUGUGUGUGUGGUUUGUUAAUCAAAAAUGGUUCGACAAUGUUGUCCUGCUGUUUAUCGCACUCAAUUGUAUUACCUUGGCUAUGGAACGACCAAAUAUACCGCCAGCGAGUAAUGAACGUUUAUUCCUCGCCACAGCCAAUUACGUGUUCACAGCCGUAUUUACAGUGGAAAUGCUCAUUAAGGUGGUGUCGACUGGCAUGUUUUAUGGCACCGAUGCCUAUUUCACAUCCGGCUGGAAUAUUAUGGAUGGCUCAUUGGUUAUUAUAUCAAUCAUUGAUUUAUUAAUGUCAUUGUUUAGCCAAUCGAGUUCAAAGAUAUUUGGGAUUUUAAGGGUGUUUCGACUACUUCGUUCCCUACGGCCGCUGCGUGUGAUCAACCGCGCCCCGGGUCUGAAAUUAGUCGUGCAAACGCUCUUAUCGUCCCUACGUCCCAUCGGCAACAUCGUGCUGAUCUGCUGCACCUUUUUCAUCAUAUUCGGCAUCUUAGGCGUGCAAUUAUUUAAGGGCACAUUCUUCUAUUGCGAGGGUGAAAAUCUUAAAGGCGUUCUUACAAAGACGGAUUGUCUCACACGCGGCUAUGAGUGGAAGAAUCGCAAAUAUAAUUUCGAUAAUCUCGGCAAAGCGUUGAUGUCGUUGUUCGUGUUGAGUUCGCGCGAUGGUUGGGUGAACAUCAUGUAUACGGGGUUGGAUGCGGUGGGCGAGGAUCUACAACCAGUUCCCAAUUACAACGAAUGGCGUUUGCUGUACUUCAUUGCAUUUAUAUUGCUCGUGGGUUUCUUUGUGCUCAACAUGUUUGUCGGUGUGGUCGUUGAGAAUUUCCAUCGUUGUCGUGAGGAGCAAGAGAAGGAGGAGAAAAUUCGUCGCGCCGCCAAACGUGCGUUGCAGAUGGAAAAGAAGCGUCGGCGCAUGCAUGAGCCGCCAUACUACAUUAACUACUCCCCAUCGCGUAUGUUCGUGCACAAUGUGGUUACAUCAAAAUAUUUCGAUCUGGCUAUUGCCGCUGUGAUUGGUCUCAAUGUAGUCACCAUGGCUAUGGAGUACUACGGAAUGGGAGAUCCAUUGGUGUAUACACUUAAAGUCUUCAACUACUUCUUCACGGCAGUCUUUAUACUUGAGGCGAGCAUGAAAGUAUUGACGCUCGGUUGGAGUCUUUACUUGAAAGAUAAAUGGAAUCAACUUGAUGUGGGAAUUGUAGUGCUCUCGGUUGUGGGCAUUGUACUUGAGGAAUGGAAGACUAGUAAAUUUCCGAUUAAUCCGACUAUAAUACGUGUGAUGCGUGUGCUGCGUAUUGCGCGAGUAUUAAAACUACUCAAAAUGGCCAAGGGUAUACGUGCGCUGCUCGACACCGUGAUGCAGGCUUUGCCGCAGGUCGGUAAUUUGGGUCUGCUCUUCUUUUUGCUCUUCUUUAUUUUCGCCGCCCUGGGCGUGGAACUGUUCGGUCGGCUGGAAUGCUCCGAAAGGAAUCCAUGUCAGGGCUUAGGUGAACAUGCACAUUUCGCCAAUUUCGGCAUGGCUUUCCUCACAUUGUUUCGCGUAGCGACUGGCGACAACUGGAACGGCAUCAUGAAGGAUACGCUGCGAGAGGAGUGUGACGAUGAGCCCGAUUGCGUGCGCGAUUGCUGCGUUAACAUGGCUAUAGCUCCAAUAUUCUUUGUGAUAUUCGUUCUAAUGGCGCAGUUCGUAUUGGUGAAUGUCGUCGUGGCUGUACUGAUGAAACACCUCGAGGAGAGCCACAAACAGAUGGAAGACGAAAUGGACAUGGAAGUAGAGCUAGAGCGAGAACUUGUGCGCGAGCAGGAGUUUGAGAGUGAGCAAAAAUUGUGUCAGCAGCUGGAACAGCAAACGCAACCGCCGCCGCCAGCACGCCAGCUGAACAAGAUCAAAUCGUUGCCGAAGAACUUUACCUACAGCACGCCCUCGCUGGACAAGAAGUUCCCAAGCGUGUUGAGCGGCAUCGGUGGCAUAAGUGCCGCUGGCAUUGGCGGCCGCCGCCAGACCGUGCAAUACUUCAAUCAACCAAACGGCAUUAGUUUGGCCGAACUGGGACAAGGCACACAGGCUAGUGUCGGUGCAGGUGCUGCUGUUGGCAGCAGUGGUGGGUCUGGUGGUGGCGGUGGUGUUGGCGUUGGCGUUAGCGGCGCGCUUAACGCACCACAAUCGUUCAACGCACGCCUGAGCACAACAGCUGCGGAAAACAACUUUGAUACAAAACUCCAACUUCAACCGACAGCGGGUGCGCUGGGACGGCGUGGCCGUCGCAGUUCGACCGCGUUCCGUAGUAAACGCGGCCUGCUCGCCAAAGAACGCUCCCUCGAUGAGCAGGCCAUACGCCGACGCACGCUAGAAUCAAAGCGCAUGAGCUGUGACUCACUACCACGGGGUGGCGAUAGCAUUGAUUUUCGGCGUGGCACAAUUUUUGAAAGUUUAGAGUCGGAUGGCGCCGGUAGCCCCUCGUCCACGUACGAUGUGCGCAGCAUACGCAGCGAAGACGUGGUAGCGACAGCAAACGCUACUGCACGCAGUAGUGGCGCCUCGGAUGCGCUCAGCAUUGUAAGCGCAAGCGUUAUUAGUGAAAAAACUACAACACCAAUUACUGCACCGUUAGCAACAACCGCUGCAACGGCGGCACUGCCAAUCGGCGGUGCCUUAACAACCGGAUCAGCGUCACGUCGAACUUACGGACGCUCACUAUCAACCGAUCAAGCAACUAGCAGUGGACCGAGUAGUGGACGCGGCACCAGUGGUGGAUUGCUGUCCGUACCGCGUAGCAUGCCACCACGUAGCCGAAGUGGCAGCACCAAACAGCUUUUCAAACAGCAAGCGCUCGACGAAGAUCCCGAUAUGGAUGAAAAUACGCUGCUGUUGCCGGUUGUCGUCGAGAGUAGCUGUGACGGCAACAACAGUGCCUCCACAACCACUAACAACGGCAAUGGCAAUGUGCAUAGCAACGACAAACUUAACAAUAAUAGCUGUAACGGUGCCAAUAAUGCAAAUAUCAGUGGCAAUGGCAAUGGCGUUGUCGCUGUCGCUACGGUCAUGGAUCAGCUUGCGUUAAGCAAAUCUGACUCGGCCGAUAUAAUGCGCAUCAUUUCGGAGCGCAGACUCAUGGAUCAGCGUGACAAUAGUGGUAAUGAGGAUUCUGACUACAAAGAGUUGUUGCUGGUGAAAUCACCGCACUCCUCCGCUGAUGGCUAAAAGGAAUUAAAUACUAUAGGCUAAGAGUAGCGUACACAAACAAACUAACUAUUAUAACUAAAUAUACUAUGUAAAUGGAAUUAUAGGAAAUAUUUAUAUGUAUAUGUAUAGUGGUAGUAGAGUUAACAGAUUAAACGAACUAAUGUUGAACAGCAACACAUAUUCAUACACAUAAAAGAAUUCAAAGUUGCAUAGAAAGAUUUGUACAUGCCCAUUGAAGAAAAUAGAAACUUCUGUUUUGUUGUUAAAAUUUUUCCACUAACCACUGUAAAUGGAGGUGUAUCAUCGAAGGCUCGUAAUUAGAGGGUUUGUGUAUUUUUUUCCUUUUCUCGUUUUACAUCGAAAGUGCAUACAAUCUGACGCUGUUUUGAGCAAACCAACGAAUAGUGAGCGGUGAUUCCUUCAAAUUCACCGAACGCCGAUUAACGGUUUGAUGUCGAACCCAUCUUCGCAUUCUGUACAUCGUGUAGCCAGUAGAAUGACAGUCUUCGAAUGCACUUCGACGUAUAGUUGUUCUCGUGACGAAGCCCCAGAAGACAUAACUACUCGUUAUAAGCAAGGAUGAUAGAUUACCAGGUUUGGUCAUCAGCAGUGGUGAAAAACGAAAUGGGGCGAGUGUCUUCGGCUGCCCCCCGGCUGCUACCCGCUCAUUUCACACGUAUUCACACACUCUUGCAAUUAGUCGGUGCUCAGGCAACAACGAGGUAACAUGAGGAGUGGCUGUGCUGAUUUUUUUGUAUAACACCAGCACAAUAUCAGUUUACCGCUGUCAUGACCCCUUUACGUCAGUCAAUUAGCUGAUGCUUUCAAAUGCGUUGAGUGCCGGUUAACGGUCUGAUAUUGGACAUACCGUUUCCCACCAUGCCAUACAGGCAAAGGCGCGAUCAGUUAUAUGACUUACAAAGCCUUCUUUAUCAGGCGCCUAAAUUUUACUUAAAGCAGUUAUUUUCAUAAUUUUGUUCCAUUAUUUUCGAAUCCACCAUUAGAGAUUAAGUGCUACUUCUGGCUUAUUUCCUCUCUUCAAAGACCGGUUAAUUACUUUUAUUAUUUCCACUCUUCAAGGAUCGGUUAAUCACUCAAAAUGUGCUCAGAGGUCUAGUCCACAUCGUGUCUUGGCAAGCAAACUCCACAGUUGAUGGUGGGGGAGCUGGUGGGCAGUCGUUGAUUACAACUAGUAUACCAUUGCUGGCGAUACUUUCCACUUGUAUAUAUGUCUACACAAUCACUGGAGACUUUUCUUAAAUGUUUAAAAUUAUUUCUGUUGAAGAGAUUCCGAAAGCGCUUCGCUGUAAAUUUUCCCACACUUUGAUUAAUCUUGUUUCACAAUUCUCAUCACAAAUACUAACAAACACAACUCUGUAGAUACAAUCGUGGGCAUGUUGCAACUUUUAGGAAAUCUUCUGAGCUAUACGAAACACUAACAACACAAAUGGAAUUUUAGCACCAAACCAAUUAAACUACAUACAUUUCAAUACCGAAAUUCAUAGUGAAAAUAGUACAUUUGAAUAAAAAUUAAGAAAUACAAUAGUUUUAGGAAAAAUGUUCAAAACUAUGUAUGUAUGUAUGCAUAUUAGACUAGUGCAGUUGUUUAUAUAUUUUUCGGAAUUAUGAAACAAAAAAUUUCAUAUAACAAAUGUAAAAAUGCAACACUAUAAAGGAACACUGUUAAAAAACUUGUCUAUAAAAAUCAUCAACUCUGUGAUUAGCUGUAAAAAUUACUGAUUAAAAAUCAUAGCUUCAAAAAGUGAGUAUAAUUAUAAAAAAAAUCCGUAGUUACGAAAUAAUUUUAUUUUAUUACAGUAAUUACUGUAAUAAGCAAAAUAUAGAGAAGUAAGCAGAAAAAACUGAAGAAAAAAUAAAAAAAAAACAAGAGAAAAAGUAAAAAUUUGUUAUCGAUUACUAAACGAAAACUUCAACUGGAAUAACUGUAAUAAACAUCUGAGCGCAGAAUCUUCCUAACCAGAACUAAGAGUGCAAGUUGUGCAACAAUUAGUAAAGAAAAUACUAUAAAAAUAUAAUAUUUUGUAUAAAGUAAAGUUUAGUUAGUAUGGAAAAGAAGCAUAAAAAAUUG